UAAAACGAGAGCUGAAUGUACACAUUCGUCAGAGAUGUAGAUUUCGUGAAUAAUUAUUGGACUACUGUUUAAUGAAAAUGAAUUGUUCAGCCCAGCUGGAACUCUGCGUACAUGCAAUGUACAUAUAGGGGGAAAAUAACACGGGGCUGUCAUCUGUAUUUAUGCCAUCUUGAUUAAAGUGAAAAGACGAAUGUGAAAAGAAAUCAAUUCCUCCCUACACAGUAACAGAACUGUUUAUGUAGUGUGCUCUUUGUAAAGAUAUAAAGGAAAAUGACAUCUGCAUCUUUUACCGUUGUGGAUUGGGUGAUUUUCGGAAUUCUGAUUCUGUUUUCGGGUGUCGUUGGGAUUUAUUAUGCCUGCUGCGGAGGAAAACAGAAGACGACGGACGAGUUCCUUAUGGCGGACAGGAAUAUGUCGGUGCUUCCUGUUGCGGCGUCAAUUCUUGUUUCGUUCCAAACUGCCAUUCUGAUUUUAGGCCAACCUGCGGAAAUGUACACCAAAGGAACCCAGUUUUUCUUGUCACUGAUUGGACAGCUAGGCGCCGUGUUUUUAGCCACCACUCUGUUCGUCCCUCUGUUUUAUCCGUUGAAAUUGACAAGCUUCUUCGAGUACCUAGAACACAGAUUUGAUUGUAAGGCGGCACGGGUGACAGCUACUUCUAUAGGGAUAAUAUCAACGGUUUUAUACUCCGGAAUCGCUUCCUUCGCUCCCUCAACAGCGCUCAGUGCAGUGACGGGAUUCCCUGAAUGGCUCUCCUUCACACUGAUUGGCGUGAUAUGUGCUUUCUACACCUUUCUGGGAGGAUUAAAGGCUGUGAUUUGGGUUGAUGCAUUCCAAGGAAUCAUCAUGCUGGCAGGGAUCCUGACUAUACUAAUUAAGGCUACUCUACUGGUUGGUGACUGGGGAACAGUGUGGCGGAUCAAUGACGAUUGGGGAAGAAUCAACUUCUGGAAUUUUGAUCCGGAUCCUACAAUACGUCACAGUUUCUGGUCUUUAGUCAUCGGAACUAUGAUCAACUGGACGGGACCGUACGGCGCCAGUCAACAGAGCACUCAGCGCUUCGGGUCGUUGCCAACGUUACGGAAAGCCAAAAUAGCUCUAAUGCUGCAAAGCGUCGGACUGAUCGUGAUUGUGACAACUUCGUGUAUGGCAGGUGUCGCUGUUUUCGCUUAUUACGUCAUGAAGGGCUGUGAUCCAUUGACCAAUGGCGACAUUCAAAGUUCGAAUCAAAUCAUCCCCACAUUUGUGAUGGAGGUUUUGAAUUACCCGGGAGUCCCUGGUCUGUUUAUGGCUAGUCUGUAUAGUGGUUCUCUGAGUACCAUCUCCUCCAACCUCAGCACGCUGGUGGCCACAUCGUUUGAGGAUCUCAUUAAACCUUUUGUGAGGAAGAAAUCAGACCGAGUUCACUUGUGGAUAACAAGAAUUUUGGUUUUAUUCUUCAGUGCGGCAGGGAUCGGUAUGUCAUUUCUAGUUCGGAAUCUCACAGGAACAGUGUUACAGGCGUCUAUAAGUAUCCUGGGUUCCUCUGGUGGAGCGCUGAAUGGAUUUGUUGUGCUGGGCGCUUUUUUCCCUUCCUGUAACAGAAUCGGAGCCAUUACAGGUCCGAUCGUUUCAUAUGCCAUUAUGUUGUGGAUUGGGAUAGGACAGUACAGCGUUAUUGGAGUACCUGAGGAUUUCCGGUUCCCUACAGAAAACUGUCAAACCGGAAACUUGUCCUCAAUGGUUUCUAACUUUACAAUGUCUACCGUGGAUUCCGGUCUGAUGAGUACUACUCCAGUUCCAAUGGUACCGGAGGAUAACUUAACUGGACUGAACAGGCUGUAUUCCCUCUCUUAUCUAUGGUACUCCACUCUAGGCACAAUCAUCGCUGUCGUCAUCGCCCUUAUCAUCACUUAUAUAACAGGACCAAGAGACGCAGAGGAGGUGGACAAGAAGUAUCUGUUAUGUUUGUCCGAAAAAUUGUCCUGGCUCGUCCCAUCUUGUUGUGGGCGUAAUUCUUAUUCCACUGAUCAGAAGAUCAAAGGUCGUACAGGCCAGGACAACAUAGUAUUCUCAAAUUUAGAAGAAAGAAAAACGGGCGGAAUUAUGGAGAAAGGUUCAUCACACACCAUGGAACUUCAUAAAAUGGACACGUGACAAAGCUAUCACAUAGCUGAUUUAUAUUAAACUAGUGUUUACAUAAAGAAUGGAAAGUGAUAGAA